CCCUGAAGAUAUCGUUGUCCGUCAAUCGUCAGUCAGUCUCCGUUCGGCUCGGUAACCCUCGCCUGAUUUGUGCGGCCCCCAUCGCUCCGGCCGACCCGCCCCUCACGGUUCCGCCCAUCGCCGCUCCCCGCCCGCUGGCUGGGCGCCGGUCCCGACUCGACUCGUGGACUCCCGGCACGCUUUGGUGUGAUUCUUGAUCGGUCUCAAUCUGAGUGAGUGAGCGUGUUUGUUGGCGUGCUUGUCGAGUGGAAGCCUGGAAGGAGGAUGAAGAGCGCGUACCCGAAGAAGGAGGGCAAGAUGCGGAUCCGCUCGUUCCCCAUGACCAUGGACGAGAAGUACGUGGAGAACAUCUGGAAUCUGCUCAAGGAGGCCAUCCAGGAGAUCCAGCGCAAGAACAACUCGGGAUUGAGCUUCGAGGAGCUCUACCGGAACGCCUACACCAUGGUGUUGCACAAGCACGGGGAACGCCUCUACACGGGCUUGAAGGAGGUGGUCACGGCCCAUUUGGAGAGCAAGGUGCGCUCGGACGUGUUGGGCGCGCUCAACAAUCACUUCUUGCAGACGCUGAAUGGCGCCUGGAACGACCACCAGACCUCCAUGGUCAUGAUCCGGGACAUCCUCAUGUACAUGGACCGGGUCUACGUCCAACAGAACAACUGCGAGAACGUCUACAACCUCGGGUUGAGUCUGUUUCGCGACCAAGUCGUGCGAUACGGUGGGAUCGGCAACCACCUACGCCACACCCUCCUGGACAUGAUAAUGAAAGAGCGUCGAGGCGAGAAGACCGAUCGUCUGGCCGUGAAGAACGCUUGUCAGAUGCUCAUGAUGCUCGGGAUCGAGACCCGGCGCGUGUACGAGGAGGACUUUGAGAACCAUUUCCUGAAGCAGUCCGCGCACUUCUACAAGAUCGAGUCGCAGAACUUCCUCGCCGAGAACAGCGCCUCCGUGUACAUCCACAAGGUGGAGCAGCGCAUCAACGAGGAGGCCGAGCGCGCCACGCACUACCUAGACGAGUCCACCGAGCCCCGCAUUGUCGAGGUGGUCGAAGAGGAGCUCAUCAAGCGACACAUGAAGACCAUCGUGGACAUGGAGAACUCGGGCGUGGUGCACAUGUUGAUCAACCAGAAGACCGAGGACCUGGCGUGCAUGUACAAUCUGUUUCGUCGCGUGGCGGAUGGACACAAGACCAUGGCGGAUUGCGUGAGUGAGCACCUACGGGGUGUGGGCAAGGACCUGGUGGCCGAGGAUGGACAGGCCUCCAAUGCUAUUAUCUACAUUCAGAACCUUUUGGACUUGAAGGACCGGUACGAUCGGUUCUUGGCCGUGUCGUUUGCCAGUGACAAGUUCUUCAAACAGAUCAUCUCGGGAGAUUUCGAGCAUUUCCUCAAUUUGAACAAGCGCUCGCCGGAGUAUCUCUCGCUGUUCAUUGACGACAAACUCAAGAAGGGUGUGAAGGGACUCACGGACGCGGAAGUCGAGAUGGUCUUGGACAAGUCCAUGAUCCUGUUCCGAUUCCUCCAGGAGAAGGAUGCCUUUGAGGAGUACUACAAGCGGCACUUGGCCCGACGACUGCUGAAUCAGAAAUCUGCCUCGGAUGACUCGGAGAAGAUGAUGAUCAGCAAGCUCAAGUCCGAGUGCGGCUGUCAGUUCACCUCCAAACUCGAAGGCAUGUUCAAAGACAUGACCCUCUCCAACAAUGUCAAUGACGCGUUCAAGAACUUCUUGGCCGACACAAACAAGAACCUGCAUGGCGUUGACCUCACUGUCCGCGUACUCACCACAGGCUACUGGCCCGGUCAGAAUGCGCCACCGCCCAUCAGUCUUCCUCGCGAGCCCGCGCACGCCUUCGACGUGUUCAAGAACUUCUACCUGGGCAAACACAGUGGACGCAUCCUCACUCUCCAGCCAAGCGCAGGCACCGCCGACUUGAAUGCGCUCUUCUUCGGCGCCAAGAAAGAGGACGGCGAAGGCAGAGAUGGAGCCUCAUCCGCCACAGGCGCCACGCCCAAGAUGCCCACGCCGGUCAACCCACGCAAGCACAUCCUGUGCGUCAACACCUACCAGAUGUGCGUCCUCUUCCUCUUCAACAGACGUGAUAGCUACACCUACGACGAGCUCAAGGAAGAGACGUCCAUCCCCGACAGAGACCUGACACGAGCGCUCCAACCACUCGCCAUCGGCAAGGCUUCACAGAGAAUCCUGCUGAAAUCGCCCAAGUCGAAAGAGAUCGAGGGCUCACACGUGUUCACUGUCAACGAUUCCUUCAGCUCACAGUUCCAUCGGGUCAAGAUCCAACAGGCAAGUGCGCGGCAAGGCGAAUCAGAGCCCGAGCGAAGUGAGACCAAGAAGAAAGUCGACGAGGAUCGCAAGCACGAGAUCGAGGCUUGCAUCGUCCGCAUCAUGAAGAGUCGGAAACAGCUCAACCACAACCAGUUGGUGUCCGAAGUGGUUGAGCAGUUGAACAAACGCUUCCAGCCCUCGCCCGUGGUCAUCAAGAAGCGGAUCGAGGGGCUGAUUGAGCGGGAAUAUCUAAAGAGGUCAGAAACGGACAGAAAGACCUACGUGUAUUUAGCUUAGAGAAUCAGGAUUUGGGCGAACUAAAUUUUCGUUCUCCUCGGGCCUGGGGGACUAUUCUCCCCCUCCAAAGAAGGCCCUGAUGGUGUUAUGGAGUAGCAAUGUCUUCUUCCGGAUUGAACUCUCUGGUCCACACCCCAAUUCUACAAUCACCAUUGCUUUUUCCUUCUGCUCCUACAACAACAACUACUGCUACUACUACAACUACUACUACUAUCACUACUACCACUCUAUGAUCCAUCAAAUAUCUAUCUUUUUGUUUCUUUCCAUUUGCAAAUUAAAUCUCGCCGCGGCACAUAGAGAAACA